AGGUGACCGCGGGGUUGCGCGCGCAGGGCUCCCGAGUGGCCGUGGGGACACGCGGGGCAGGCGCGCCGCUUCCGCUUCCGCCCAGCAGCCCCCCUGUCGCAGGGCGCGCCCCCUUGGCGGGGCUCGGGAACCAAUCCCAGGAAGGGAGGCGCGGCCGUGCCCCCUCCCCACUCGCUCGACCCCACCCACGAGGCACCUUCUGCUGCGGAGGGAAGCAAGCUGCAGAGGGUCACUCGUUCUGACGGACGAUGAGGUUUUGGCUGAGAAAUGAAGAGAUGGCUCUGGAAGAGAUGGUGCAGAGGCUAAAUGCGGUUUGCAGGCGCACGGAUGAAAUCAUGCACCGGGACAUCACCCCACUCUGCGCCGCAGACAUCCAGGACCAGCUGAAGAAGCGCUUUGCAUAUCUGUCUGGUGGGCGCGGGCAGGACGGCAGCCCCGUCAUCACCUUCCCGGACUACCCAGCCUUCAGCGACGUCCCCGACAAGGAGUUCCAGAAUGUCAUGACCUACCUCACCAGCAUCCCCAGCUUACAAGAUGCUGGCAUUGGAUUCAUCCUGGUCAUAGACCGAAGGCAGGACAAAUGGACCUCGGUGAAGGCAUCAAUCCUGCGAAUAGCAGCGUCCUUCCCAGCAAACCUCCAGCUCGUCCUGGUUCUGCGCCCAACGGGGUUUUUCCAAAGGACUCUCUCUGACCUCGCGUUCAAAUUCAAUAGAGAUGACUUCAAGAUGAAGGUGCCGGUCAUAAUGCUGAGCUCAGUACCAGAAUUACACGGUUACAUCGACAAGUCCCAGCUGACCGAGGACCUGGGUGGGACCCUGGAUUACAGCCACACCAGGUGGCUGUCUCACCGCACAGCGAUCGAAGGUUUCGCCCUCAUGGUUAAGCAGACAGCUCAGAUGCUACAGUCCUUCGGGACCGAGCUGGCCGAAACGGAGCUGCCCAACGACGUGCAGUCGACGAGCUUGGUGCUCUGCGCGCAUACGGAGAAGAAGGACAGAGCGAAGGAGGACAUGAGGUCGGCACUGGACGAGGGGCAGAGCAUCCUGGAGAACAUCAGGGAGCCGCUGGCCAAGGGCGGGGAGCAGAGCCUAAACCAGGACCAGCUGGAUAACCAGACCACUGUGCAGAGGCUCCUGGCCCAGCUGAGCGAGACCGAGGCUGCCUUCGAUGAGUUCUGGGCAAAGCAUCAGCAGAAACUCCAACAGUGUCUGCAGCUUCGGCAUUUUGAGCAGGACUUUCGAGAGGUCAAAGCCUCCUUAGACACACUGGCCCAGAAGAUAGCAACCUUCACCGAUGUGGGCAACAGCCUGGCGCACGCAGAGCACCUCCUGAAGGACCUCACCAGCUUUGAGGAGAAGUCGAGCGCCUCUGUGGAGCGGGCCCGCGCCCUGGCACUGGAGGGCGAGAAGCUCAUUGACAGCAAGCACUACGCUGUGGACUCCAUCCGCCCCAAGUGCCACGAGCUCCAGCACCUCUGUGAGAGGUCUGCGGCCGAGGUGGAGAGGCGGAGGGGGCUGCUCAGCAAGUCCCUGGAGCUGCACGGCCUCCUGGAAGCAUCCAUGAGGUGGUGUGAUGAGGGGAUCUACCUGCUAGCCUCGCAGCCUGUGGACAAGUGCCAGUCCCAGGACGGCGCGGAGGCGGCCCUGCAGGAAAUCGAGAAAUUCCUGGAGACUGGUGCAGAAAAUAAGAUCCAGGAGCUCAAUAAAAUUUACCAGGACUAUGAGUCCAUCCUCACCAAAGACCUGAUGGAGCACGUGCAGAAAGUCUUCCAGAAGCAAGAGGGCAUGGAGGAGAUGUUCCACCGGAGACAGGCAAGCCUGAAGAAGCUGGCAGCCAAGCAGACGCGGCCCGUGCAGCCCGUGGCCCCCCGGCCAGAGGCGCUCACAAAAUCGCCCUGCCCCUCCCCAGGCAGAAGGAGAGGCUCUGAGAACAGUUCUGAGGGCAGCGCGCUCCGAAGAGGGCCCUACAGGAGGGCCAAGAGCGAGAUGAGUGAGAGCCGGCAGGGCCGGAGCAGCUCCACGGGGGAUGAGGAGGAAAGCCUGGCCAUCUUGCGGAGGCAUGUGAUGAACGAGCUCUUGGACACGGAACGGGUCUACGUGGAGGAGCUGCUCUGUGUCCUGGAGGGCUAUGCUGCUGAGCUGGAUAACCCGCUCAUGGCGCACCUCGUGUCACCAGGCCUCCAAAACAAGAAGAACAUUCUCUUCGGAAACAUGGAAGAGAUUUACCACUUUCAUAACAGAAUAUUCCUGAGGGAGCUGGAAGACUACGCAGGCUGCCCAGAGCUGGUUGGAAGGUGUUUCCUGGAACGGAUGGAGGAGUUCCAGAUCUACGAGAAGUAUUGUCAGAACAAGCCGCGCUCCGAGAGCCUGUGGAGACAGUGUUCCGACUGCCCAUUCUUUCAGGAAUGUCAGAGGAAGCUGGACCACAAGCUGAGUCUGGACUCCUACCUGCUGAAACCGGUCCAGAGAAUCACCAAGUACCAACUGCUGCUCAAGGAGAUGCUAAAAUACAGCAAGAGCUGCGAGGGGGCCGAGGACCUGCAGGAGGCACUGAGCUCCAUCCUGGGCAUCCUCAAGGCUGUGAACGACUCCAUGCACCUGAUCGCCAUCACCGGCUACGACGGGAACCUGAGUGACCUGGGGAAGCUGCUGAUGCAGGGCUCCUUCAGCGUCUGGACAGACCACAAGAAGGGCCACACCAAGGUGAAGGACCUGGCCAGGUUCAAGCCCAUGCAGCGACACCUCUUCCUGCACGAGAAGGCCGUGCUCUUCUGCAAGAAGAGGGAGGAGAACGGGGAGGGAUACGAGAAGGCCCCUUCCUACAGCUACAAGCAGUCCCUGAACAUGGCGGCCGUCGGCAUAACAGAGAACGUGAAGGGCGACGUGAGGAAGUUUGAGAUCUGGUACAACGCCAGGGAGGAGGUGUACAUCAUACAGGCACCGAGCCCUGAAAUCAAAGCUGCGUGGGUGAGUGAGAUCCGCAAGGUGCUGACCAGCCAGCUGCAAGCCUGCCGAGAAGCCAGCCAGCACAGAGCGCUCGAGCAGUCCCAGAGCCUGCCUCUGCCCGUGCCGCCCAGCACCAGUCCCUCGAAAGGGAGCACGAGGAACAUCAAGAAGUUGGAAGAAAGGAAAACUGACCCCCUGAGCCUGGAAGGAUACGUGAGCCCCACGUCGUUGCCGAAGCCCCCCGAGAAGGGCAGAGAUGACACGGUCACUAGCUCUACCUCAGAAAGCUCCGCGCUUUCCAGAAAGCGCUUUACUCUGCAGGGCUUUGCUAACCUCAAAGGUCAGAAAGCUUCUCCUACCAGCCCUGACAAAAAAGCUAAGCGACACGAAGUAAAGAGCGACCCAACGCCUUUUGGUUUACGAGGUUGGAGCAAAACGUCUCAGCCCUUGGAGGCCCCUGAGGACAACGACGGCUGGUCCAGUGCCGAAGAGCUGAUUAAUUCCUCAGACGCAGAGGAGGAAGGCAGAGUGGGCCCCAGGAAGCUGGUCCCAGGAAAGUACACGGUCGUGACGGGCGACGAGAAGGAAAGCCCCGACGCGCUUGCCGUGAGAAGUGGGGACGUGGUGGAGGUGGUCCACGAGGGCGACGAGGGCCUUUGGUAUGUCAGGAACCUGACCUCCAGCAAGGAGAGCUGGGUGCCGGCCAGCAGUCUGUCCACCCUCCUCAGCACGUCCGGCUCGGCUCAGUGCCUGAGCAGCUCAGAGUCCAGUGCGGGGUCCGCCCUGCUGAGCACCUCCUCCAGCUGCAGCGAGAGCUGUGGGGCCCCCCUCUCAGACCUCCAGGGGUAGCGCCGGGCCCCGCAGGAGGCCGUGCGGCCUGCGAGCCUCUAAGUUUUCCUUUGCUUGGGCUUGCUUAGUUUGGUGAGGGGACGGUGCUCUAAGAGCCUGGGGAAGGAGGACCCGGACAAGACCCCAACGAGGAGCCACCUGCCGCCCCCGGAACCUCAAGGUGCAGACGCAGGGGCCCGCAGAGGGAAGGUUCUGGAAGAUUCUGCCCUGCGGCCUCCACGCCAGGACCACCCCCGAUGAGGGUGCAGAAGCCAGUUGCACGAAGACAGAGUUGCACUGAGCUUUCCAGGAAAACCAGGAUGGACCGAGGGCACCAGGCCGCCGCGAGGAGCCCGUCCCAGCCGCUCUGCGUGGUUCCGGGCAUUUCUGGUCUGGUGCUUCCUGCAGGAAUAGGCACGUCGUGGGAGUGACGAGUCCACUGACCCAGCAGCUUGGUGGGGGGACUGUUUUGUCUUUUACAAGUUUUUUUUAAAGCAGGGAUUAAUUCCAUGGCCAUUUUUUGUGGUACUCUGGCCACUAAUCUUUACCAAGAAUCACUGUGUUUACAUGAAAUGACAAUUUGAUACAAAACUAUUUUCUGUUACCGGGGUUUACAUGACAGCACGUUGUUUAUACUGCUGGGAGAUUUGGGGGCUCUCGUGGGGACGGAAGCCCUCGCCAAGGCCCGCCUGGCCACAGGCGGGUGAACACACGCCCCCAAUAAAAUCCAGCAGCGUUUCUACAAACAGAGGCAGUGGAAACCAAGGAGAGUCCCUUAUCUGUGUAGGUUAAUUUUCAAAAGAAAAUUUAAACUAUAAUUUAAAAUAUUUAGCUUCUUUUCUACAAAAAAAAAUGGAACUUGAUUUUUUUACCUAGCUUCACUGAAUUAGGAUUUUUUAUUGUUUUUAAAGAAUAAGUAAAGAUGCGGUUUUUGUGGGGUACCCUCUGAGCGAGCGCUACCCACGCGGGCUGGGUAGAAGCGCCAGCCUCCGGCGGGUUCCGCCACCACCUCCCGCACUCGGUAAACCCCCCGAGCUUGGAAACGCAAGGAGUUCAUUACUGAAACCGAGGCAGAACCAGAAAGAAAACUCUUGCGUUUUACCUUUUUGUGUUUCGGAAACAAAUUCUGUUCUUUGGAAACACCGUCUGUAUCUGGUGGGGGCAGAUAUUUUUAUUCGUGUGCAUAUGUGGGUGUGUGUACGUAGGUGUCCCGUGUCAGGGACGCACCACGGCCCCCGCGAUGCUGGAAACUGUCACUUCACAGCCCUCCCUGUGCCCCGCGCCCGCCAUGCCCACCGCCCACGAGGCCCCCACCGGCCCACCUCUGCAGUGCGUCCCAGCAGCUUUCCUCGGUGUCCGGUCGUGAGACCAUGACGUGUCUGACAGUUUACUCCGCACGCAGCUCGUCCAGAGUCCACCCCUGCCGCCUCGGCCACGUCACCACCGCUGGGGGCCCAUCUUCGUUAAGGCACUUUAAAACCUCCCGUCCCGUCACUGCUUCUUGUUUCGUUUCAGGUCUUUUUUUUUUUUUUUCUGCUGAUGUAAAUGAAAUUUAAAAAUCAGAGUUCUUUAUUGUGUGGAUGGAAUUUGAAUAAAUAUCAGCCCCUCUCGCUGUC